GUAUGAGUUAUGACACUUCAACCUAAUAUUUUUUCUUUAGUACAAUUAGUAUAAAACUCGGCCUCUCCGCCGUUACUGUGAUCUAGCGAGAUAAUGAAUCAACAGGUACAGAAGAACACACUCUACGUUGGUGGAUUGCCAGAGGAGGUGAAUGAAACGAUUUUGCAUUCAGCGUUCAUACCGUUCGGAGACAUUAAAGAUGUGAAGACACCGUUGGAUCAGGCGACGCAGAAACACCGAUCGUUUGGGUUUGUCACUUUUCUGGAGAGAGAGGAUGCGGCUGCUGCGAUGGAUAACAUGGAUGGUGCUGAGCUUUACGGCCGUGUACUCACCGUCAAUUACGCCCUACCGGAGAAAAUUAAGGGUGGUGAACAGGGCUGGGCUGCUCAACCUAUUUGGGCGGAUGCGGAUACAUGGUUUGAAAGACAGCAGCAGGAAGAAGAAAUGAAACGGAUUCAAGCAGAAAACCAAGCAUUAAUGCAGGCUGCUGAAGAAUUGCAUAGAAAAAAACUGGUAGAUGAACGUGAAGGUGAGAAAGAUGAACAAGAUGAUCCCAUGGCUAUUGCUGAAGCUGAAGCAUCGAAACAGAACAAUACUUAGUUUAUUUUGGUUGCUUCUGUUGUAUCCUAGCUAAGGGUAGUUUCAUGUUAAUUUUGAUCAAACUUUUGAGAGUAUUGCUUUGUUUUACAAAAGCAGAAACUGAG